AUGAGGCCGAUUUUUGUGCUGCCCCUGCUUCUGCUGCUGCUACGUUUGUGCCAAGCAUUCAACUGGAAGAAUCUCCAAGGUGUGCACUUGACAAUGCGGGAGUGUACCCUGUCCUUGAUUAGUCUGAUGGAGGAAGCGGAAAGGAUUCGAUUGGAUGAAAGGAAGGAGGACAGGAUGGGUCAAAUUGUGGAAGGAAUAAAGAAGGCAAGGCAGGUGUUGCAUGAAUUGUACUUUUCGAUUCGUCACUUGUUUUCUUCAUUAGGGUUAACGUUUAGGAAGGAGUUGUAUCUGUUUGGUGUGGCGGAGGGAAUCAUGGGUGGAGAGACGACUGGACAAGGGGAAAAAAAACAGGAGGAAAAAAACACAAGCAGAAAGCACUUCACCGAUGAGAAGCAUCUACAAGGUGUAAAAACGGAGAGAGAUUUGAAGAACCUCCUUAGCGAAAUGAUCAAUUAUUACAAAACAAAUUUCAUUCAGAGUAAACCAUCCACAAGUUGCUCCUACAUUAAUCACAAAAACUCCUUGCGCAAGCAAAUUGAAAUUGUAAGAUACACCCACAGCUACAUAGCAACACAGCUAUAUUAUCGAGAUUACUCGAAAUACUUUCAACGUUUCCUGGGAAGCCAAAAGGACAUGAGUAACGUCCUGUUUAAUCCUUCUUUGGACAUGAAGGAGGAGGUCUACUCGGGUUUUUACGCCACCCACGGUGGGUUAAUAGUGGAUGAGCCUCCAGACGGCUCCACGGGUGAACGGAAAAGCGACUCAACGGAUGCGCAGAAACACUGCAUGGAUGACUACAAAAGCAUUUCUGGAGAAAAAUGCACCGAGCAGUUUUCCCAAAGUGUAAAAACUCUGCUGCACAAUUUUGAGGCGUCGCUGGAAAGCUACAUUCACAGCUCCGUCGUGGAAAUGAGAAAACAAAUGAUACAGGUGGAAGAGCAACAGGAGGGACAAAACUACUGCAGAGAUUUGGUGAAAGAAAUGAAGGACAAGAGUUACGAUAGAUUGUCGAUGGAAGAAAUUGAUCGAUUUGAACAAUUGGCAAAAAAUUACCUGCACAAGGAUUUGGACACGUUAGUGGAAAGGGAAAAGAAAAAAAUGUAUCGAAGGAGAAACUUCUUCGAGAAGUAUUUUUUUUUCAUUAUUGAGAGGAUGCUGCAGGUUCGGCGUAGCGUGGAGGCGUCGUUGGAGGGGCUCUCGAGGCAGCUGGGGGGGAGCGCACUCCCGUCCUUUCGGAGGAGAGGCCAGAGCCACGUGGAGCUCACCGGGGGGGCGGAAAUCAAGCACAUCUUUCAACUGCUCGAUGAGUACAUAAGCAUGUACUCCUUUGUAUAUGAGCACCUAAAGGACUACCACAAAAAUGUGAGGGACAUUUUCUCACUGGAUUACAUUCGAGAAAACUCCAAAGACAACAGAGUCUACAUAGCAGAAAGAAUUGCACAGCAAAUGGAUGCACUAAACGGUUCCUUCCUCAAGUACAAAAAUGUGAAAAAUAGAUAUGAGCAGUAUGUGGAGAAGGGCAUACGGAAGAGGAACUUGAUGAGCAAUCUUAAAAAAGGAGAAUCAGUCGCAGGGAAUGGCAACAACGUUUCAGGACAGGAACACUUCUCUUUACACAACUUGAGAAAAAAGGACUUUCCAGAAUUGUGGGCAUAUACUUGGAACAGAAAAAACAGCCACUCAUUUUUAAGUGAAGAAGACAAAGUGAAGAAAGACAAACUAAACGGGGAGCUGAUCGAACGAGAAGACGAAUACUUAAAAAGGCUGAAAAAGGUCGUGAUGCUUCUAACUCGAUACAAAAAAUUGAAAAACAAAAAAAUAAAAAUAAAGCACAUUUUAAAUAUAGGCAAAGUAGAAAUGCACCCCAUUUUAUUUAAUAUCAAAUUGAGGAAAGAUCAAAUGGUAGGAUUUUACAAAAGCAUUCUUCGCUUUGGAAAAAUAAUUGUGGUAAAAAGGAUUGUACUUAUAUUGAAAAUGAAGAUAAGCUUUUUGCGUAAAAUGACUCCAUCGGCUUUUCUCCUGAGCAAUCGUUUUUUGCUUCUCCUGUAUGAGAAUCACCUGGAACAUUUGCAAAGUAGCUACCAGAUCGAUGUGAACAAAGACUUUUGUCACGAUUUGACUCUUGAGAAUUUAGAUGGUGUGAUGAAGCAGGGGGACCUUUCUCACCUUCUCCUCAAGUACAUGAUUUACAUGUUCGGCCUCAACUCGUCGUUUAUGAGUGCGCGUCUUGGGAUAGACAUUGGCCCCGGUGUGGGUAGCGAUUACAUUGGGGAGAGUAACGCGUUUAAUGGGGACGGAGACUUUGGUGAGGAUGAACCCAGUUGGGGGGCACAUAACCUAAGCAUGGUGUAUGAGCUGGCCACAAACUUCACCAAAACGCCGUUCCACGUAGCUGAUUUUGUCCACGCUGCAGAUUUGUUUCGAUCGAGCAAGGAAUCUCCAAACGGGGAGAGCAAUACACACGAUGAGCAAGUAAAACGCUCCUUCAAUCAAAUUCACUCCUACUUUUCUAGCAUAUUCAAGAAUGAUGAAAUUUCAGGGUAUAUUUUAAAAAAGUUUGAAAAUUGGGAAGAGCACAGCUCCUCCUCUGGUUGUCAUCAUGGACACUCCUGUUCCAUAGACAAUCCCGUAUACUCCAAGGAUGUGAUAAAGAAGUCUAUUUUUUACAACCUAAAAGAUAUGGGAGAUGAAUUCAAUAUGAUAAACAAAGCGACUGUAUCUUCUGUUAAAUCGUGUGCGUCUUCCAUAUACUCUUACGCCUCUUCUUCCUCUUCUACUCCCCUGAAAUUUCCAUUCCAUCUACUAAACAAUGCACUAAUGACGAAUUCACUCUUGGAGGCUUACAAAUACAUGCUAUACAAAACGCAGCAGAGCCAAGUUUUCAAAUUGUACUCCAGAUCCAAGGGUACGAAUAUGAGUCUCCUGGAGAGUAUUUUUCUUCAGCUGAUUUUGAAUUUUGGGAUGACACCCUACAACAAGUUGAAAAGCACCAUGGUGAAGUCCUUUUGCACGAAGCAGGGUAGGGUAGAGGAGGAUGGGACUUUGAGUAAGGCUCAUACGGGACCACUCCAAUACAGGAAAAGAAAAAGGAACCUCGAGUACAUUCCACACAUUCGUUAUGUAUCUCACCGCGAUCAGAUGCAACCUGGAUUGGCCAUUUCCUGCUAUGUGAUGAAGGAAAACGAUGAAAAUGAUCCACAUAACAAGACACCUACUAAAUGGUGGAAUAGCAAAAGAGGAAACAGUUAUUCCUCUUCGAAUAAUAAUAAUCGAAUUCACCAGAUGCAUCACUUAGUAGGGACCUGUGACUUACUAAAUGGAGACAACGAAAAAAUUACAUCCUUCAAAGUGAAACACAUAGAAUACAUACCUAACGGAAUACCAUUGUUGACACCAAUGACAGAAAAGGAAAACAUCAUGUCAAAUUACCAAUUGUAUGGUCUUUUUUUUCAAGGCUUGAGAGGGGAGGAGAAAAAGAAGAAGAAGAAGUACUUCCCUGAGGAAAAUUCAAAUGGGAUGACUUCCAAGGAGGAUAUCUACUGCAGCGAAGAAAAAAUUGCCUAUUUCUUCAUUGGGGAGUCUGUCGUUCAUCUUAGUGAAACGUUGGAUGUGAAAGUAGAAGAACCACUUAUCAUCGGACCUAUGCUCUCCAGAAAUGCAGCUAGCCAAAAGGAAAUCCUCUUCGAAAGUGAAUCCAUGGAACAGUACAACAUGAUUCUAAAUUGGUUGUACAAAUCUCAGGAGAAAAAAAAUUGGAACCAAGAAAAGGUGAGAAAAAUAGAAAGGGAUAUUUCUGAUCUAAGAUUGAGAGCCAAAUCAUACGAAGAAAAUAUUUCCUACGUGAAGAAUAAAAUGGACCAGAUGAAGCGUCUACCUCAGGGGGAAAGUGAUGGUCCAAGUGACCUGCAAAAGGAAUAUCAAAGGGAAGUCUCAAAUGCCUCAUGGGAAAAGUACAACUCGUUGAUGGAUAUUUAUAAAGACAUUGUGGAAAUGUUCAGAGAAAGCGAAAGAAAUCUAACCAAAGUGAAGAAGGAAAACGAAAGGGAAAGGGAAAGGGAAGGGGGAAAAGAAAAGGAAGAAGCAGAAGAAGAACGCGGACUGGAUUAUUACGGGUUAAGCAAGUACACCGCUUUUGUGAGAAAAUACCAAAUGGAGAACCUUAACACAUACACCAUGUACGAAGAACAAAUUAUGAAAUACUUCCAGAAGCAAAACAGAUGCUGUGAUGCAUACAUAAAGGAAAUGAAAAUACACCUUGAGUUUUUUCCUCAAUUUUGUUGCUCCAAUGGAGGGGAAACAGAUAAUAAGAAAAUACUCAAGUACAUAUACAUAAGCAUCACCGAUCUGGUGACCGAGUUUAUACGAUGCGAACAUAACACCAAUAGGUUACUCACGGAUCUUAAAAAAGUAAAAGACACCUUACACACAAUCAACACUCUUAAUGCAAACCUACACAAAAAGCAAAGGACCUUCCAUCUCAGUACCAAAUAUUUUUACAGGGAAAAAAAAGAAGGGAAAAUUUAUUUCUUCACAGAUAAAAUGGAAAAUAUAAAGACUUACAAAAUUUACAAACAACUUAUAGGCAGUGUAGAUGAAGAUUUGAAGUUCGUCAUGCAUGUCAUGGUGAAAAAAAUUGAAGAGAGAAAAAAGCUUCUACAACAAGUGGAACAGAAGCUACCUACCCUGCUGGACAUAAAACAGAUUCUCAAAGGAGAUAAGGACGUGGCGUCCAUUAAUGUUGAAACGUUAUGUGCAAACUUCUCUCAUGAAAAUAUGCUAAACUAUGAUGAGGUGGAAAAUUUGGAGAAAAACUUUAAAAGGAAAAUCGCCACGUAUAAAAAUGUCUUGAAUAAUAUCAGGUACUCCUUUGAGCACAAACCUCAUCUCAGCAACGAUCGUAUGGCUCUGUUUUACAACUUUGUGCAAUAUGAUAGUGAGGAGGAUAUUGACGCGAUGCGGUUUGCGGAUUCGUUGUUGGCAUAUAACGAAAGGGGAAUUGAGGUGGCCGAGCGAGGGGAGGACACGAAGAACAACACAGGUGGGGGAGGACCCCUGACGGAGUACCAGAAAAUAUGGAGGAAGCUGAACGCGCCCAAGGGGGGUGAUGGGAAGAACGCCAAGGAAAGACAUGACAACAGAAGUGAUGAUAGGGACCUUUACGACGACUGGGAGGAUGAGGAUUGGGAAGAGGAUGACUGGGGAGAGGAGGAGGACCACUGGGCCGAAGAUAGCCUCAAGGCCGCAGCGGACCGUGUGGAAAAGAACUGCAGAAAUAGGAAUUGCCCACCCAACUCCUUCUGCUUCAUUCAAAGGUUUAAUGAAGAAUGCUUGUGCUUCCUGCACUACAACAUGGUGGAGGGGAAGUGCAUUUUAAACGAACAGAAUUCUUGUGCGGUGAAAAACGGGGGAUGCGAUUUGAAGGCAAAGUGUGAGUUGAAGAAAAAUAGGGUAAAUUGCAUUUGCCCUAUUGGCACGAAGCCCAUGCAUGAGGGUGUCGUGUGCAGCUUUUCUUUCGCCUCUUCAUUUUCGCAGGUGCUCCUUUUGUUCGCCAUCUUGGCGUUUGUCAUUGCGUAG